ACUCGGAUGGGUUGGCUGGCGCAAUGCAUUGGUUUGUAUAGAUGGAGUGUGCACUUCUACAACGGGCAAAUCAAUCAGAGUCACACAUGAGGAGGACUGAGAAAGUGGCACAGAAGGUGCAUUAGUUGUUGUGACUAGCAUGGGUGUUGAGUGAUGAAAAGUGUAAUCACCGUCCUUUGAGGGACGCAAGCAAAUAGUGUCACCGCAAUCCAUAUCAUCGCCUGAAGUUGGGGUUGCUGGAGUACUGGCACUCGAGCCGGUGGGUGAAGAUGCAUUGAAUUCGGAUUUUGAACAGAUGGAUGACGAUGGUGAGCUCGGGAGUGACGGAGCAGCAGUAUGGGCUCCAAAGAAGGCCUUGAGCUUGGCGGUAGACCCACUCCCAGCAAGAAUGGGUAUGCGUUGCUCGCCGAAAAAGCGUUUGCAUUUGUCCUUUGAACGAGAGUCUCGAGCGUAAUAGGUGGUGUUUAAGUCGAUCGUCAUGUUCUUACUGGCUCUCCAUGAGGUUACAUUUGCAAAGGCAGGAUCAAGCAUUUGGUGUGCAAAUGACAGGGAUGAUGGUGCAGUGGACACAUGUCUAUUUGAGCUGGUCAUUUUAAUUGUCAAAUAGCUUCAAAGUAAAUAACUAGUCGAGGUUGGAAGCCUGAGUAUGUGCUCAAGUGCGAAUGGCUCGAGAAUGUAU